UAAAGUAACACCUCUAGGGCGGGGCCAGGGAAGUGUUCGCGGAAUAGCGCGAGACACUGAGGAGCUGACACCUUCACCUAUCAAUCACCAGUAAUUAGUGUGAAGGGACACUCUCAUCAUCUUUAAUGAUUUCAAAUCACCUUUACAGUGAUGUAACGUAGACUGAUAGAUAUAAAGGUGGAACUGGCGUGUUGCUCGAUUUCUGCACUUAUGGGAAUGUGUGAUAUAUAAUCGUAAACAUACGGGUGAAGAGGAUUUUAUGGGUAUAUACACCCAAAACGAGGCUGUAAAUAUUUGUACAGUCCUGGGUCUACCGUUACGAUGACCUCUCUCAAAUUCAACAUCUUGAUCCUCGGAUUUGUAUACUUAACCCAGACAGCAGCACAAGAUGCACAAUUCUGGAAUUCUAUGGCACAAGAAAACCUGAAGAAAAAUUUGCAAAAGCAGUGGAAUACUAACAUAGCUAAAAACGUUAUUUUAUUCCUGGGAGAUGGAAUGGGAAUUCCAACCAUAACAGCGGCGCGGAUCUACAAGGGGCAACAGCAAAACGAAACCGGAGAGGAGUCAAAGCUAGUGUUUGAAGAAUUUUCAGAAUUAGGACUCAUAAAGACAUACACAACGGACGAACAGGUGCCCGAUUCAGCAGGGACGGCUACAGCCUUUCUUUGUGGGGUGAAAACCAAAAGCGGGGUGCUGGGAAUGGACGACAGGGCCGACUACAAAAACUGUACAUCAUCCACUGGCGCUGAAGUGGACUCCAUCCUACGCAUGUCAAAACAGAAAGGGAAGUCAGUGGGUAUAGUAACUACAGCAAGGCUGACACAUGCCACACCAGCAGCAGCGUAUUGUCAUUCAGCAAGUCGUUCGUGGGAAGGUUCGUACAACCUGAUACAGGACAUGGUGGAUCCUCUGUGUACAGACAUUGCCUAUCAGCUCGUUAUGAACAACUCCGACAUAGAUGUGUUAAUGGGUGGAGGGCGAAGAUUUUUCUUGUCCACAAACAAAACAGACCCGGAACUAAACUACACGUCUUACUAUCAGAGACCCGACAUGGACCUCGUUGAUGAAUGGAUUCGUCAGAAGCAGGCGGACAAUGCGUCGCACAGCUACGUCUGGAAUAACGCGGGGUUUAACGCCAUUGAUCCAAAAGUCACAGAUUACGUAUUAGGUUUGUUUGAGUCGUCACAUAUGCAGUACGAGUAUCAGCGAGAGAAAGGUCCCUCUGGGGAACCAUCUCUGGCGGAAAUGACGAAAAAAGCCAUAGAAAUCCUACAGAAAAAUGACAAGGGAUACUUUCUUCUUGUAGAAGGCGGGAGAAUAGACCACGGUCACCAUGCUACUCAAGCCGCCGCUGCUCUGUUAGAGACAGUUAUGUUCGACAGUGCAGUCCAGGUUGCCAAGGAAAUGACGGAUACUGAUGACACGUUGCUAGUAGUGACGGCGGAUCAUUCCCAUGCCUUCAUGAUAGCUGGUUAUCCAAGCAGAGGCAAUGACAUUCUGGGGACAGUUGAUGAGGAGGUCGGGGAAGAUGAUAUGCCAUACACAACCUUGACUUACGGAAACGGUCCCCAGCAAAGAAGAAACCUGACGGGAAUUGACACCACUGCAUUUACCUUCCGUCAAUCUGGAGUCGUCCCCAAGAGCUCUGAGACUCAUGCCGGAGAGGACGUUCCUGUAUACGCGCAGGGUCCAAUGGCGCAUCUGUUUGUCGGAACUCACGAACAAAACUACAUUGCGCAUGUGCUAGCUUAUGCUUCCUGUGUUGGCCCGUAUCCAGGGCGAUGUGACUCUCCUUUGUCUUCCGUCACGGAGUCUAGUGCGUCCAGUGUUAUUAUUCCAUCUCUCUUAUUGUCCAUUUCAUUGUUCCUCAGCCUGUUGUGAAAUCCAGUUUCAAUUGAUAGUUUAUACAUGAUAUUUGAUAAAUAUUUUUAGAUGAUUUUUUUUUAAAAAGUUGAUAUAUUAAAUGAUUUUUUUUAUUCAAUGACCAAUAUGGAAAAAGUUUUUUUUUAUUCCCUGGAUUUAAUAUUGUCAAUAUCAUCAAAGUAUUUUCGUUAUAAAACAUUAGGGGGCACAAGGGUUUGAACCGGGGAACCAUUCGAUUUCGAAUGCAUGGUAUACCACUGAGUUAUAUCUCUUACAUAACUUUUACCGUUCGCGGUAGCUCAGUGGUAGAGCUUCGUAACCGGAAGGUAUUUAGAAGUGAGAAUCACGGGUCUUUCGGAUAUGACCUUAUAUUCGGAGGUCCGUGUCGUGGCAGGCGUUGACACGAUAAAGAACCCUCACUGCUGCGGCCCUGGGCUCUAAGCAUAGGUCUAAAUUUGUGGUACUUCACCUACUUGACUUACAUGUGUAUUCCUGUUGGCUCCCUGUGGAGCAUAGGGCUGCAACAACACCACGCCAACGGAUUCUGUUCUGGGCUGUUCUCUUCAGCUGAGUCCACGUGAUUCCGGCUUCCUUCACUUCGCUCUCGACGGAUCUUCUCCACGACUGUUUGGGCCGUCCCACUUUCACUUACAGCUGGUGACAUCUCAAUGAGUGACAAAUUCUCGAAGGGACGUAAAAAAACAAACAAUCAAUCAAUCUUACAUAACUUAUUUGUGUUCAACUUCAAUGCGCAAUGUGAAACAAACAUGGACAGGGGUAAUCACGAAGAUUGUUCUCUCACAUUUGAUUCUUCGACCAGCUGACCACAGCUGCAUUGUAAAACAGCGUAAAUAGACUUUAAAGCACCAACACAAUUCUGAAAUCGAUCGUAGCAUUUUUAUAUAUUACAAAUAAUGUACGAAUCAUCCUGAAACACAACUGCUGUUCGAGAUUUUACAAUAAAAUUGAUAAUUAUA